AUGCGGUUGCCUUACGUCACUCUUCUCCUUCUAGCAUCUGUGAUCAGUGCUCGAAUCAUAGACUCCUCUGCGGAAUUGAUUUGUCCGUCCGAGAGUCCACUGGACUGCUACCCCCAGUUGUUUGAGCCAACUAACCAAUGGCAAGUAGUCAGGGAGGGCCAGCAGAUCCCACCGGGACUACAUGUGCGUGUAAAUCUCGAGACAGGGUUAGAGGAAGCCCGUCUUUUACAGCAGGACGAUCUGUCGAAUGCUGAAGUAGUCCUUGUAGAUACAGACACAGACAAGACACCAGAAUUGGAUCUCAACAGCGACGAGGUGAAGCAAAAACUACAGGAGACCAUCAACGAGUAUCGUGAGCGUAAAAAGGCAUUCUCAAAAAAUAAGAUCUCGCAUGCUGACCUCACCGAUUUCGAUCUGUCUGUCAAUGAGAUCGUGGGCUACCAGCCAGGAGACAGCACCUAUAGACUCGAACAGGCGCUUUCCACAUUGUCGGAGUUAGGCCAUGACAUAGAGUUUGGCGCCAAGUUGGCCGAUAAUGCUGUCAUCAUACACAGUAUGACCGGCUUGGCUGAGGAAUUGCUUAGUUCCACAGAGAAAAUUUCCAACCCAACCAAUGUUCGCUUAGCGGAACUCAUUUACAGAGUAAUUGGUUCUUCUCUAAGGAAUAAUCCCGAGGCAGUGGAAGCUGCGUUGGACAAACAGCCUGUCUCGUUUGUUGAUGGAUUAUUCAGUCUCUUGUCUAAUCUGAAAAUACCAGACGUCAUAAAGAAACGUGCUCUAGGGAUUGUCCAGGCUCUUGCUGCCAACAGAAAUUUUGCCUAUCGUUAUUUCAACGACCAGAAUAUCUCAAACGCUCAGGGUUUGCACAAUUUAAUCACCGUAUUCCCAUCCUUGGGAGCUUCUUCACAAGUUCGCGCAGCAAACAUACUAAAUGAUUUGAAUUUGCUUCCUAGAGCCGAGAAACGCGAAGAAUUCGACGAGUCCAAUGUGGCAAGGGAAGUCUCCAAGUACAUCCAGAGCUUCUUGUCAGGACGCACAGCCGUGCCAGAGGAGCAAAUGCAAGUAUACUUCAGAUCCUUGCUGGACCUCCACUCCAAGGGCGAUCACCCGGUCUCAAAAGAGUUCUUGCAAUGGCUCAGUAAAGAAUCUGAAAACCGUAAAAGUUCUCUUCGGGAGAGGGACUCGGAUCUGCUGGAGCUGAGCUUUGACGGAUUACUCUUGAGGGCCAGACAUGGAAUAUUUGGCAAUCCGUACGCCAGAAAGGAUGAACUUUAA